CAGCAGGUGCUAUGGGGCUGCAGCUGGGUUCGCACGAGCUGCUGCAUGUCUUCUCCUUCCUGGGUGCCCGAGACCUGCUCUGUGCCGCCCAGGUGGACAAGGUCUGGAAUGAGGUUUCAAAGACCAAGGAGCUGUGGAGGCAGCUGUGUGUGAGACGCUGGUCAUCGUGUAGAGCCCCCCAGAUGACCCUGGGCACACAGACGUGGAAACAGUACUAUCUCUGCCGAUCUGAGCUGGAGUUCCGAAUGGAAUCUGGACGGCCAGAGAAGGACUUCACCUGCAAAGCCCUUGCUGGGCACAAAGGACAGAUAGAUGAGCUGGCCUACAUCUCAACCAAUGAGUGCCGGUUUGACGGGCAGGAGGAGUCCGUGGUGUGCACUGUGUCCUCGGACGGCACCGUGCGUGCCUGGGAUCUGCACGAGGGCACGGAGAUCUGGUCGAGCCCUCUACAGCCGGCUGCUCUGGUGAACUUGGUGACCUACCCUCGGCUGAAGCUGGUUAUCACCGUGGAUGCGCGGGGACGGAUCAAAGUGUGGAGAGCGGAGAACGGGCAGGAGGGGGCUGCCUUCAGCCUGCCUGCACCCUCAUCUGCCUUGGAGGCCUGUGACCACCCAGAGGGCCCCUCCCUGCUGGCGGCCUGUGCCGACGGGGCACUCUACGCGCUGGCAGUGCCCCGGCUGGAGCUGCUCUCCAGAGUGAGCGUGUUCCCCAGCAGCCCCACCAGUCUCCUCCGCUCGCCCGGCUGCCAGUGGGUGUUCGCGUCGAGCCGGAACUCAGACCUGGGCCCCAAGGUGUUCCACACUCGCUCCUUGCUAUGUCCGUCGGACGACGAGCCUCCCGUCUCCACCACUCUCCCUGUCUGGCUGACUGCCAGAGCCUGCUGGGCCCCCGGCGAGGCCGCCCGGCUGAUGGUGAUGCACAGAAACGACGGUGGCGUGCAGCUGGGGAUCACCACCUACGAGCUAGGGGCCAAGAAGUCCAGGGAUGGAGUGGACAUCCUGGUACAGCAGGUGGCAAGUUUCCUCCUGCCGGACACCAUGAUGCCCCCUCACCUCAUGAAGGGCCACGGCUCGCAGGUGAUCCUGCUGGUGUCGGGGUCGGAGCUGGUGCUCUUCACCAUACACGGCCUGCAGCUGGCAGCCUUUCAGGACCACCAGCGGCCCAUCACGUCCGUGUGGGUGGACCAGAGCCGAGUUGUCACCUCUUCCUUCGACCUCUCCUUGCGGGUCUACGUGUGGAGUAAGGAAGAUAAAUUCCCCGUCCUCAAGAGCUGCUAUCACUUGCUUGGGGGGUCCCACAGAUGGGCCAGUGGAUUCACCCACGUGGAAAGCGACAGUAUGAGCAUCGUAGGCGUGGAGGCCAGAAGCAUCGGAACGAGUAUCCUGAGGUCCUAUUACUUCCAAGUGCAGCGUGGCUGA